CCCUGUUUCCUGCUGGGUGGCCUCUUCCUCUUUCUGUGCCCCUUUCUUCUAUUACCUUUGUGCAGCAUUGGUGAAACUAUGACUUAAAUUUCUCUGUUGGCAACUGCAUUUCCUUCAUCCUUUCCGAGGGUCACUUGAGUUUUUUAGGAGCUUCUUUUUUUCAUCAUGAUAUUAUCUUGUAGUUAUAUAAUCCGAAAUUAUAGCAGGAGUUGAGAGAGAGGGAGGGGGGAAAUUACCAGUGGAAUGAUAAAUUCUUGCUUGUGAGAGGUCAGGUUCUAUUUGAUUGCAUGUCUUCUUUUAUACCUAUCCUGCCUUGGCUUAUUUUUUUCUGAAUUUAUAAUUGCAAAUGGAUGUCUCUGAAACAGUCUGUCAAGAAGCUGGUAAAUCACCUCCCCUUUUACCAGACGAUGUUUGUGCAAAUGAUCCUGGACUUGUCAAGCACGACCAUUCACACAGUUCAUCAUCUCCUUUCUUUGGCAACACUGAAUUGCAACCUGUUGCUCCUUUCAACAGGAAAGCAGGAGGAGAGUGUAGGAUUCAAGUGUCUGUGAUUAUGCCAGUCUAUAAUGCUGAGUCUUGGCUGGAUGAAUGUCUGAAGUCUGUUCUGGAUCAAGAUUACCAAGGUUCUAUUGAACUGUCUGUUUUUAAUGAUUCCAGCACGGAUAAUUCUAUAAAUAUAAUUAAAAAAUGGCAGAUUUUGUUGGAAGAAGCGGGCAUUCAGGUAAUACUGGGAGAGAACUACUCAACUCAUCCAGGUGGAGUUGGCUUUGCUAAAAAUCAUGCUAUUGAUCAGAGCUCAGGGGAGUAUCUCUGCUUUCUGGACUCGGAUGAUGUGAUGAUGCCACAGAGAAUAAGGCUGCAACGGGAAGCUAAUAUUAAGUAUCCAAGGAGUAUUAUAGGUUGCCAAAUUAAGAGAGAACCAGCAGAAGCUACUGAACGCUAUACUAGGUGGAUCAAUAAUUUAACACAUGAUCAGCUUCUUACUCAGGUUUUCACAUCCCAUGGACCAACAGUAAUUAUGCCAACUUGGUUCUGUUCUCGGGAAUGGUUUUAUCUUGUAGGAAGAUUUAAUGAAGAAGGAAAGGGGACCCCAGAGGAUCUGCUCUUCUUUUAUGAACAUCUUCGAAAAGGUGGAGAGGUGUUUCGAGUUGAUGAGUGCCUCCUCCUGUAUCGUUACCAUGCACAGGCAGCCACUAACACAGUUUUAGAGGAAACUAUCUGGACACACCGAGUUUUGUUUCUAGAGGAGAGAAUUCUUAGUAAUUGGACAUCCUUCACCAUUUGGAAUGCUGGCAAACAGGGCAGAAAACUUUUUAGAAGUUUAUCUCCAGCUAAUCAGAACAAAGUGACUGCAUUUUGUGAUGUGGAUAAAAAUAAAAUCACUAAAGGAUUUUACACAUAUGAAGAAUCUAAGGAAACCUCCAAACCCAGAAUUCCAAUUCUUCAUUUCAAAGAAGCUUCCCCACCUUUAAUUAUUUGUGUGAAAUUGGAUCUCACAGAUGGACAGUUUGAGGAAAAUUUGAGCCUAUUGAAUUUGAAAGAAGGUGUGGAUUACUAUCAUUUUAAUUGAUGAGCGUGGUUUAUUGGCAAGCUUCUCAUCAUGAAACGUACUAGAGGAGAUACAAUAUUAUUUUAGUCAAGAUUCUCUAUAACUCCUCUCAGAAGAAAUAUUAAUCUAUGCAAAUGUUAAAAUAUUAUCUCAAGUCAUAAAAAUCAACUAGAGGUAGUAUAGCAUCAAGCUAAGUGAAUUGAAGUUUAGCUAGUUAAGAGUCAUUCCACAGAUAGGACUCUGCCUGUAUGAAUGUAGCCAAUUCACCUAAGAAAACUCCAGAAUCAAAUUCAGAAGGUGACAAUGGCAAAUCUUUUCAGUAUUAUUCCCAAGAAAUCCAUAUUGAUGUGGCUGUAAUAUUUUGACGUUUCGAUGUCACUUGGGCUGUGGAAGGCAUAUCUUUAGUUACUGGGAAGAACAUAUGGAUUAAGAGGUGAAAAUGGUGGAAGAGCUAUAUGUUUAUAAGAAGCAAAUCAACAUGGAACAAAUCUAACUAAUGUCACCUAUUUGUUUCCCCCCUUAUUGGUGUCUGGAGUAGUCAGUCCAUUUUCUUUUGGCAACCUACCUUCUCAAAAUGCUGCAGAAGAAUUUUAGUUACAAUGUAAACAGUAAUUUUCAAAUUAAACACAAAAACUGUGUGCAUAACUCUUAAUAUACCCUGCAAAAAAUGUUUUUCAAAUAUAUCCAGAAUCUGUCUUGCCACUACUUAACAUCAUGUCUCGACGAUGUCCACCAUACCCCUUGUGUAAUGAAUAUGGUUUAUGAGAUGGCACCAAAGACAGACACAGAAUUCUGUUACGAUCGGGAUUAUUUCUAGAAAGCCUUUACAAAUCAAGCAGUUUCAUCUCUUCUUUUCUAGAAAUUAUAUUACUAUUUUGUUUUCUACUUCAUAUGCAAUUCUCUAUUUGUACUGUACACAUACCUUUUGGAAAUUGUGGCUUUUUGAAAUUCCAGGCUAUACUUAACCGACCUAAUUUCUCUCCCACAGUCACAAAGGCUGAAGUAGCCAUGACUGUCUCUGGAAAGCUGCAGUUUCCUCCCUGUGGCUGCUACUCUUAUCUGCUUUCUAGUUCUAUUUCAUGGUCACAACCUUAAGCUGCCUAAAGGCCCAGGCCUGACCUCAUUGUAUUUGCCAACCCUAAAUUGCUUCAGAGUCCUGCCUCCACCCCAAUCUGCCUUCCCGCCUGGGCUCCACUGAAGUUACCUUGUUGAACUAGUGCCUCUUUGGAAAGGGGACAUCUUAAAGAGAAAUGAGGGGGGAAUAUAGGCCUUCCCAUUACUGCACAGUCUUUCACUGGCCCCACAGCUGCCACUAUUGCUUUUAAAAGAAGCUUCCUCCUCCCUGUUGCUAAAUGGCACAAGCCUGCCUUCAAAAACCAGACCUUUUUAGUGUGCAAUGGAACACUUGACCCAGAACAUUCCUGGCUUUGAUGGGAAAAGGAGACAGCUCCGCUUUUCAUAGCAUCAGAUCCAGCUGCAAUUCCUUCUCCUUGUAACUUGAGGACAAUAUGAAAGAAUGGUUUCAACUUUAGCCGCCGUCAAUGCUUUCUAUGUUGGAAACAUCUAAUUCUCUUCACAACAUUUUUGAGAGCGAAAUGAACCCCUGUACAUUUCAUAUGAUAAUUUAACAAUCUUCACUGCUAGGAAUAAUUGGACUUUUCCUCAUAUAAAGUCUGCAAUGCUUUGUGAUUCAGUGAUUCAUAUGAAGGAAUUAAAACACUACAUGUUAUAAUAUCCUGAGACAGGUCUAAAAGAUCAGCAUGAGAUAAACAAGGUUUACUUUUAGAAUAUAGUUUAUAUCAAGAGGUUUGAAACCAGUCUCCAUGGUCAGGAAAUUAACUAGUCACUAAGAUACUCUUCCAAAGAGCUGAGACCAGCUGUGGUAACAUGACUAACUUAUUUAUGCUUCCUCUCCAUCAGAUGUUUAUUUUUAUGAACAUCUAAAAAACAUUAAACACUUGUUUUAACUAAAAUUAAAUUCCUACAGAAGAAAGAAAAUCUUGAUUUUUACACAAAUUUAUUUUGUGUCUUUACAAUAUUUCUUCAUUUGUACAGAGACAUAUGAAAAGGGAAAACUAUGUCAACAACUUUAACAGAAUACUCUUUUUACUAGGGCUAUGCACUAUUUGGAAAAUAAUUUUAAAAAGAUGGUGUGUAAAUAUGUGAAAGCAUAAAUAUUUUAUCAUUAACCUUUAAAGUAGCCAACUCUUUCCUGGGAUUGCUGUCCUAUUCAAUUGCAAAGUGAUUCUAAGGACAGAAUUGCUUAAAACGUUAUGCAGAGUUUUUACAAUUCAUUGUGUAAAGUACAUUUUGAGAAUCAAAUCCAACAAGCUGUAUGUUCCUACUAUUUGUAUCUGAUUUUCCACUCAUUAUAAGACAAAACAAAAUGACCGUUGGCUUACCUGAACGGUCGUUCUCUAGGCGCUGCAGGAGAGUCCAAGCAA